CGGCGUCUGCGUUGGCGCUCACUGCAGCAAUGGCGGCUGGCGGUAGUGAUCCGCGUGCGGGGGACGUGGAAGAAGAUGCCUCCCAGCUCAUCUUUCCGAAAGGUGGGACCCCGGACGGCUCGACUUCCCGGGGACAUGAUCCCAGCGUUACAGUCAUCCUCGCCUCGCUUCAGGCCUGACCGCAGCGAGCGCUGGAGCCUGGCCCUGGGUGCGGGGUGGGACAGAGAAGAGUUUGAAACAGCUGAGACCCUCCUAAACUCCGAAGUUCAUAUGCUUCUGGAGCAUCGAAAGCAACAGAAUGAGAGUGCAGAGGAUGAGCAGGAGCUCUCGGAGGUCUUCAUGAAAACUUUAAACUACACAGCCCGCUUCAGUCGUUUCAAAAACAGAGAGACUAUUGCAAGUGUCCGAAGCUUACUUCUCCAGAAAAAACUGCAUAAGUUUGAGUUGGCCUGUUUGGCUAAUCUUUGUCCAGAGACUGCUGAGGAAUCCAAGGCUCUGAUCCCAAGCCUGGAAGGGCGCUUUGAAGAUGAGGAACUGCAGCAGAUUCUUGAUGAUAUCCAGACCAAGCGGAGCUUCCAAUAUUAAUCCUUGAGAGCCAUCGCCACAACAGCGCUAUAUUCCCAGGGCUGCGUCCACAUUACACAGAAAUUCUGUUGUAGAAGACACUUGGACUUCUGCUGUGGUUAUUGUUGUGGUUUUGAAAUUGACUCUCACUCUGUAAUCCAGGCUGACUUCAAACUUGUGACAAUCCUCCUGCCUUAGCCUUCCAAGUGCUGGGGUUCCAGGUGUCAACCACCACACCUGACUGGGCUUUUGGAGAGGAAAGGUUGGCUUGCCUGGGUCUGGGUUGCUGUUUCCACAGUGACCAUUAGAUCAUGAUGACCAUGUCGUCUAGUGAAGCCUAUAGGGGCUGCUGUGGCCACUAGUGUGGAAAGCUAGGAAUGGUGAGGUAGGCUGAUGUGUAAGCUAUCUGUUGACUGCCUUGUACCAUUGUUUUUGGGCUCCACAUUAUUUUUUGUUCCUGACAUUUCAUAUCAUUUUAAUAUCAAUAUAUUUUGUAGUUUUUGAAGCUAAGCUAGAAUAUAAAAAGUUGUAUAGGGGAAAAAUGUUCUUAUUUAAAUGCAAAAAGGAGAAUUAAACCAGAACAAUGUAAUUGUUUGAUUUUAAAAAUA